GAAGCCACCGGAGUUCAGAUUGCAGUGAAGGGAGAGACGUGGAAAUGCCAAUGCCAGUAGAAGAUUCCUCCCAGCAUGCCACUUCAGAAACAAGUGAGGAUCCUGAGGUUGAGGUCACCAUCGAAGAUGAUGAUGAUGAGGAGUACUUGCCCCCUAACAAGAGAUCAAAGACCGAGUCAGCUAAUGAAGCUGUCAAUACUGGGAGAAGAAAAGCGAGAGAGUUCAAUUUUGAGAAGUGGAAUGCGCGAAUUACAGAGUUGAGAAAGCAAGUUGAAGAGCUGUUUGAAAAAAAAUACGCUCAAGCUAUAAAAGCCAAAGGUCCAGUGUCUAUCCCAUACCCACUCUUCCAGUCACAUGUGGACGACUUGUAUGUGGAAGGGCUGCCAGAAGGAAUUCCCUUCAGGCGGCCGUCCACGUAUGGCAUUCCCCGACUUGAGAGGAUACUUCUAGCAAAGGAGCGGAUCCGGUUUGUGAUUAAAAAGCAUGAGCUUUUAAAUUUGGUGCAAGAAGAUGUGCCACUGGACAAACCAGCUGCAGGAGUGAAAGAGGAGUGGUAUGCCAGAAUCACCAAACUGAGAAAGAUGGUAGAUCAGCUUUUCUGUAAAAAGUUUGCCGAGGCCAUGGGGGACACUGAGCCUAAAGCUGUUCCCUACCAUAAAUUUGAGGCACAUUCUACUGACCUCUAUGUUGAAGGGCUGCCAGACAACAUCCCCUUCAGGAGUCCGUCCUGGUAUGGAAUCCCUCGCCUUGAAAAAAUAAUUCAAGCAGGCAACAGAUUAAAAUUUGUCAUCAAAAGGCCGGAGCUGCUAACUGUCACUUCCGCAGAAGUUAUUCAGUGCAAGUCUAACACCCCAGCCAAAGAAGACUGGAACGUCAGAAUCACAAAGCUAAGAAAGCAAGUGGAAGAGAUAUUUAAUGCGAAGUUUGGCGAAGCUCUGGGGCUUUCAGAGGCAGUGAAAGUGCCCUAUCCUGUAUUUGAAUCAAACCCAAAGUACUUGUAUGUUGAAGGCUUGCCAGAAGGAAUCCCAUUCCGGAGUCCCACAUGGUUUGGAAUUCCACGCCUCGAAAGAAUUGUCCGCGGGAGUGGCAAAAUCAAAUUUGUUGUUAAAAAACCUGAACUUGUCACUUCCUAUUUGCCUCCAGGACUGGCUAGUAAAAUAAACACUACAGCAACUAGUCCAAAGAGCUCAAGGCGGUCACAAAGUCCUGCAGGAAAUUCAAAAGUCCCAGAGAUUGAAGUUACUGUUGAAGAAGAUCCUAAUAAGCCACAAACAACAGUUGUUCAAACUAAUCCUCCAGCCAAUGGGUCCAAUGUGAAUUUCAAGCCACGAGCAAGAGAGUUUUCUUUCGAGGCGUGGAAUGCCAAAAUUACUGACUUAAAGGAGAAAGUCGAAAAUCUUUUUAAUGAAAAAUGUGGGGAAGCGCUGGGGCUGACUGAACCAGUGAAGGUGCCGUUUGCAUUGUUCGAAUCCUUCCCGGAGUUUUUCUACGUGGAAGGCCUUCCUGUGGGAGUGCCAUUCCGCCGACCUUCUACUUUUGGAAUUCCAAGACUAGAGAAGAUCCUGAGAAACAAAUCUAAGAUAAAAUUCAUUAUUAAAAAGCCUGAGAUGUUUGACGCAGCUCUUAAGGAAGGUUCUGCUAGAAGCCCCCAAAGAAAAAAUAAUUCAUCUAAUAUAGCCAAUACAGCAAGCACAAUAACAAAACCAGUGGUGAACACAGCUGCACGUGUUGAAGAUCUUAACAUCAUUCAAGUAACUAUACCAG